AGCUAAAGGAUAUUUGCCACGUCAUAUUUGAUGAUAUGUUCUUAUUAUUCUUUAAAAGAAAUAAUUACUUAAAAAAACCUUUUUAAACUGCCUAUUUUUUCCCCAAAUCCGAAUAACCUUUAGAAGAAUAAAACAAAUACUGCUAGAAGUGAACUUAAAUAAAGAUGUUACCGAAUUCGAAGCGUUGAUUAAAUAGUUAGUUGGCCUUGGGCUUACUUGACAUAUAUUUGCAGUCGAAAAAUAUCCGCCCAAUCGGCUGUCUGUGACAAAAUUUCAUUAAAAUAAUUCACACAGAAGAAAAAAAUAUACUGUCCCUCGGCUGGUUAAUACAAAGAUGUCAAAUUUUAUAGUGGCUAAUUAUUGAAGAUAAAAACCCCUUCUAAAAUCAAUCAAUAUUUUCGGCGCCGGUUAAAUCUUCAAGUUGCCAAUGUCGUUAAGAGUCGUCGAACGCCUGCUUAGUGGAUGGCCGCGGUUUGGCCGCAAGUUCAUCAACACGUCGCGGGCGUUGACCUCUGGCUUGUGGCGCACCAUGAUUGAGAAGACUGAUGGCCCGGCAAAAAGUGGUGAACGGCACAGGAUGGACCUAGAAUGCAACAUGUGCUUUGGAUUCCUUCUGCACCGCUGCAAUACGUCCUUGCUAUACGUUGCCCGCCGUCGCUACUCGACCUAUGAGAAGACAUCUACGCAAAUCCUAUCAAAACUCUUUCCCCAAACCUCUGCAGAGCCCAACGACGAGGAGAGUCGAGAGCGGCGCAAGCGAGAGGAGGAGGAGGAGAUGAGGGAAAUGGAGCGGGCUUGGAAGCGGAUGAAACUUGGCUUUGGACUUUUUGGUAUCGGAGGAUUACUGUUCUCGUUUUGGGCCGUAUACUACUUUGGGAAGCCAUCGCUGGAUGACCAGGGAAACGAAGUUAUAGACGAGUUCAGUAAGUUGCCACUAACGAAGCAGUAUAUGGCUCGAACGUGGAAGUCGGUGAACCACUUCCAACGAUUUAUUCAAGAGCCGUCGAGUCAGAAGCUACUUCCCGACCCCCUUCAGGCUCCUUAUGUGCAGCCGGCAUAUACCCUGGUACUUGAGAUCAAGGACGUGUUGAUACAUCCCGACUGGACUUACGAGACGGGUUGGCGCUUCAAGAAGCGUCCCGGCGUUGACGUAUUUUUGAAGGAAUGCGCUAAGUAUUUUGAGAUCGUUGUUUACACGGCGGAGCAGGGAAUUACGGUGUUUCCGCUGCUCGACGCCCUUGAUCCAAACGGCUUUAUUAUGUAUCGCCUGGUUCGCGACUCCACACACUUUGUUGGGGGCCAUCACGUAAAGAAUCUUGACAACCUGAACCGAGAUCUAAAGCGGGUGGUGGUCGUGGACUGGGAUAAAAACUCCACCAAGUUUCACCCCUCAAAUUCUUUCUCAAUCCCACGGUGGACUGGAAACGACAAUGACACCACCCUCUAUGAUCUCGCCUCGUUCCUUAGUGUUCUGGGCACAAGUGAAAUAGAUGAUGUUCGAGAGGUGCUGCAGUACUACAAUCAGUUUAGUGACUCCAUAUCUCAGUUCCGAGAAAAUCAGCGAAAGCUCAGUGAGCAAAUGCAGGCCGAUGAGCUGGAAAGGAAUAGCAAGUCCAAGCCGGUUGUCAAGAAAUGGACCCGUGGAUUCAUAAAGCAUUAACAUAGUUGUGGUUUUGAUGUGUCUUUUGACUUUUUGUAAUUCCCUCAAGUAUUUAAAAAAAACCUUAGAAAAUACGUUAAAAUA